GCUGGGGAAGAUGGCUAACCUGGUGAAGGGCGUGCGGUGGCCCACGCGACCGUUGCUGCCGGUGGUCCAGACGUGGGACCUGGACGCCCGGCGCUGGGUCCGGGCGCUGCGGCGGAGCCCUGUGAAAGUGUUUCCAUCGGGGCAGGUGGCGGAAGGGAAGCCGGGCGCUGGGAAGCAGCCCCGGAAGGUGACGGCUGAGGGCAGCCCCCACGCGCCGCGCCAGCAGCAGCCGCCUCCGGCGCCCCCAUUCCAGAAACCCAGCACUUGGGAAGAGUCGGGGCUUCGCUACGAUAAGGCUUUCCCCGGGGACAAAAGGCUGAGCAGUGUAAUGACAAUAGUUAAGUCCAGGCCGUUUCGGGAAAAGCAAGGGAAGAUUCUGCUGGAAGGUCGCAGGCUGAUUGCAGAUGCUCUCAAGGCUGGUGCUGUGCCAAAAGUUUUCUUCUUUAGCCGUCUCGAGUACCUGAAGGAGCUGCCCAUCGAUAAGCUGAAAGGUGUCAGCCUCAUUAAGGUGAAAUUUGAGGAUAUCAAGGAUUGGUCCGACCUAGUAACACCACAAGGAAUAAUGGGGAUUUUUGCCAAACCUGACCAUGUUAAGAUGACAUUCCCAGAGACUCAGCUUCACUGUUCACUGCCCUUAUUGUUGAUUUGUGACAAUCUCCGUGACCCUGGGAACCUGGGGACGAUUCUGAGGUCUGCUGCUGGGGCAGGCUGCAGCAAAGUAUUACUCACCAAAGGCUGUGUGGAUGCCUGGGAGCCCAAAGUGCUGCGGGCAGGUAUGGGUGCGCAUUUCCAGGUGCCCAUCAUCAACAACCUGGACUGGGAAUCAGUACCCAAUUACUUACCUGCCGAUACCCGUGUCUACGUGGCCGACAACUGUGGCUUCUAUGCCCAGGCCCAGAUAUCUACGAGAGCCAGUGACCAUGGCUGGAUAUGUGACCGACAACUCUCGAAGUUGCACAAAUAUGAGGAAGAGGAGGAGGAGGAUCUAGAAACCACAGCCAGUAAAGGCUGGCUCCCUGAACUUGAGGUCCAGAGUUACGACUUGGACUGGACAGAGGCACCAGCAGCUCUGGUCAUAGGCGGGGAGACCCAUGGCGUGAGCCUGGAGUCCCUGCAGCUGGCCGAGAGCACCGGGGGCAAGAGGCUGCUGAUCCCUGUCGUGCCUGGCGUGGACAGCCUGAACUCGGCCAUGGCUGCCAGCAUCCUGCUUUUCGAAGGGAAAAGACAACUGCGGUUAAAGGCAGAACACUUGGUCAGAGACAGGAGUUGCCACUGAGAGGGGACGUGGAAGUCACCCUUGGUGUGAGGUAGUCUGCAGUUCCUCCUACCGAAUUAGUAAUUGUGGCUUCCCAGCAGGUAGGCACGAUGCUGUUGGUUACUGGGGAAAAAAAAGAAUUUCCCUGCAUUUCUGCCUAUUCUCAAACAUAAGGAAGGUCUGAAUUCUUCCUGAGAUCACCCACCUCCCCCGAUGUCUUGUGUGUGAAGGCCCCAGGUGACGGCAUUCAGGAGCCAGCUGUUCCUUCGGCCUGGCCGGGUCCGUCUCUGCAGCUGUUUGGUCAGGCCCUGGCUUACACAGCCGGUGUGUGUGUACACCGGCUAUUCACUCAUUUUCUGGACACGUUUGGUUACAUGUUAAUGACUGGAGUGAGUUACUUACAUUAAGCUUCUCCCCUGCGUAGAGGAACAGAACUGGUUAGGAAAAUGCCAGCAUUCCUGGCGGCUGUGUACAGAGGGUCCUGCAAAAGGGGGAAAGGCUGAGGUUCUGGGGAUGUGUACCUGGGACUUUUGGGCCCACAGCAGUCCAGCAAGACUCUGCUGUUCUGUCCCCAGCGGACAAGGGCAAGCCAGAGCCUCACUCACCAGGGGCCAGCUGGGGUGUAGCCUGGAACAUGAGGGCAAAUGCAGAUAGUAAUCAACUGUGUUUGUCACUGUGCAGAGGGGGUGGGUAGAACUGAAGUAUGGGACGUAUUUCAAGCAGUGCCUUUGCAGCUGCGGAGAUGGUUGGAGUUGUGGACGACACUAGCAGUGGAGUGUUACCUCAUCCCUUCUCUACAGUGGCUCCUGUAAUGGUUAGGGUUCCUUGGGAGCCCUUCCUUCCACUGCUUGUUCCAGGGAGGCUGAGUUGCUGGCAUGCCCAAGAGGAGCUGUGAUCCCCCUUCUCCUUGGAUCCUCCGGGUCCCUGGUUAAACUUCUCCUCGAGAAAACCAGAAGACCAAGUAUGACUUACGCCCCAGGUGGCAGGGUAGGAUUGCCUUAGCAUGUUGAGGGCGGGUUUUUGCAGGGACAGUCUCUGGUUAGACUGUUCUCCUGGGCUCACGAGCCUGAGCUGCUCCUCUGGUGCCUGCACCUCUGGUGCCCCCUCCUCUGAUUUGGGCCUGCUCGGGGCCCCACACAAAUGUCCCAUGCACAUGACCCACAGUUUGGUCCUAAAGACCAUCAGCUUUUGAGGGUAGAUGAGCCCCCAAAGGCUGGGUCCAGUCUGCCAGCCAUACUGCCCAUCACACCAGCAGGCUAAAUCUGGGAGGCAGCCCAGGAAACGGUACCACUGUUGACAUUGGGCCUCUCGGCACCUUGGAGAAGUGCUAAAGAAACAAAUCACUGAAAGGAAGGUGUUGCUUAGCAUAAAACCAGUCUGCAGUGUCUGUCCCUGGGCCACUUCCUGCUGAUUUUUUGUUACAAAAUAAAAAUCAGUGAAAGAACAACAAA